AUGUUCAGUUGGAAAAAGGAUAAAAAGCAAGAGAAACAAGUGGAUCAAGCCGAUUUGAUUGAAGUCUCGGUUCCAUUUGAUAAACCGAGUACCAUAAAAGCUCCAGAGAUCAAACAAUUAAAAGAGGAUGAACAAAAAAAAUAUAAUGAAGUAUUAAAACAUUUCCAAGAUUCAAAUCUAGAAGUUGCAAAAGCACCUAAAUCAUCAGAAAAGGCAUCGUUAACUAGUCAUGAAAAAUCUUGGUUAACAAGAGAAUGCUUUUUAAGAUAUUUAAGAGCAACCAAAUGGAUUGUUAAAGAUGCUAUUGAAAGAUUAGAAUUAUCAUUAGCUUGGAGACGAGAAUUUGGUAUUACUGGAGAAAAUGAUAUUGUCACUCCAGAAUUAGUUGAACCAGAAAAUGCUACUGGUAAAGAAGUCAUUUUAGGUUAUGACAAUAAUGCACGUCCAAUUUUAUAUUUAAAAAAUGGUCGUCAAAAUACUAAAUCAUCAUUUAGACAAGUUCAACAAUUAGUGUUUUUCUUAGAAAAAGUUAUAAAUUUCAUGCCACAAGGUCAAGAUACAAUUGCAUUACUUAUAGAUUUUAAACAAUAUAAAGUUGAAGGUACAACUUCUAAAAUCCCACCUUUAUCAAUUGGGAAACAAGUUUUAGAUAUUUUACAAACACAUUAUCCAGAAAGAUUAGGAAGAGCAUUAUUAACAAACAUUCCAAUCGUUGCAUGGACUUUUUUAAAAUUAAUUCAUCCUUUCAUUGAUCCAAAUACAAAAGAAAAAAUCAUCUUUGAUAAACCUUUUGAAGAUUAUGUCUCAUUAGAUCAAUUAGAUAAAGAUUAUGGAGGGAAAUUGAAUUUUGAAUAUGAUCAUGAUGUUUAUUUCCCAUCAUUAGUUGAACAAGCUGAGGCUAAACAAAAGAAUUUCUACGAAAGAUUUAUUAAAUUUGGAGGAAUCGUUGGUCUCAGUGAAUUUGAUCUUAGAGGAACAAGUGAAGAACUUCAAUUCCCAGUGGAACAAUUAGCAUAG